UGUUACUUCACAAUUUAUCAAAACUGUUCUCUUUAAUUUUUUAAAUUAUUUUUUAAAAUUUGUUAUAUUUUAACAUAAAUGUGUUGUUCCUAGAUGUAGGAAUCAUCCAAUAAAAAGUUUAUUCCAUUCUUAAUUGCCUUGAAUUGUGCUGGAAUAAAUUUUUUCCAUAAUGGAAUUAUUUUAUACGCCGAGCAAAUCGUUAUACAGUAAAAAGAGUGACGUAAUCGCAGGACAGUCCCUUGAAGAUUUGACCAAAGAUUGGCACUUUUCAGAAUCCUUCAAAUCUGACUUUUUUCACACCAGUAACUCAUCUGGCGGUUCUAACUUCACUUACACCGAAUCAAAGGGAUACGGUUCUAAUUCCCCAUCCAUUUAUGGUUCACUGAUGUGUAAUGAUAUGCCUUGGCAAAGCAAAUGGUACUUAAGAUUUGAACCGCCAAAGACUGCAGGUGAGUUAGGCAUUGGCCAAUACUGGAGCUAUGAGGCGCCAAGGCUUUCAGAGUUUGCUGAAGGCUCUAAAUUUGAUCUCAGUGCUGCUCAGACCUCUGGCAUAUCUCACCUGGGUAAAACCUCUCUAUCCAACCUCAAGAACAUGGCGACUAUAGUUUUAUCUGGUACAACUCACGAGUCUCUAAAGAGGGAAGCGUAUCGCAAGGAAUCGUUCAAGGCAGACUCUGAUGCAGACCGCGCAAGCAUAGUGUCUUCACAUCUGAAGAUGCCUGCGAGUGAGUCUGGACAUGAGAAACUUUCAAUUUUGGAAAACUUUAAAAUAAACGUUGCUAAAACACAUAAAAUUAAACAAAACAAAAAGAAAUAA